AUGGUAGUUAUUGCUCUCGCCGGUGGGUCUGGUGACCUGGGGAAGAUAUUGUUGAAUGAACUUGUCGCGUCCAAGAAGCACGUCUGCUACGUGCUCUCCAGACGGGCCAAACCAGCCGAGGGUCCUGAUUCUCCAGAACACUUGGCAGUAGACUAUACCAGUGUUGAAGCCUUGACCGAAGUCCUCCGACAAAAGAAAGUCGAGGCAGUCGUCUCAGCAUUGAAUUUAUACUGGGAAGGGGUACCCGCAGCGCAGCUUAACCUGAUUCGUGCUGCUGCCCAGUCUGGAACGGUUUCUAAAUUCGUUCCCAGUGAGUUCAAUUUGGACUACAAGCUACCGGACGACAUCCUUGUUUACCCACCUAAAUUGCAGCAGGUAGAAGCAGCGGAAGAAUUAGCGAAGUAUCCGCAUCUGAGCUGGACGCUGCUUCGAAAUGGUAUAUUUCUCGACUAUCUUGGACUGCCCUACCAGCCUAUUCAAACUUCUUUAACGCCACUGUGGCUCUUUCUUGACCUCGACCACAGGAUUUGUCAUGUUCCUGAUGACGGAUCACAGACACUUGUACUAACUCACUCAAGCGAUGUGGCCAAAUAUCUCGAGCGCUUGAUACGCCUCCCGGGUGAGCAAUGGCCCCGGGAGAGUGCUGUCAUCGGUAACAAGAUACAAGCUAAAGAUAUCGUUAGUAUUGCUGAGAAGGCAACUGGGCAGAAAUUUGAAAUCGUUUUCGACUCGAUAGACAAUAUUCGAGGUGGCAAACCAGCAAUCUUGCCAUCAAAUACAAAGCAAGAGGUGCUUGGUGGUGAUAUGGAAACGCUCUAUGCUGUGGUUGCUGGCACAAUUCUUGCAGCGGCUGGAAACGGAUACGACAUUCCGGGCACCGAUCUGAGUAACCUCUUCCCGGAUGUACGCAAGACAUCUAUUGAAGACUUUUUGAAGUCAUGCUGGGCGCUGAAAACGAAGGCGUGA